AUGGAUGACAUCCUGAAAGAGCUGAAAAAGAUACAAAAGGAGUUGAACGAGCAAAAAAUAACAAUUCAAGAAAGUGGGAAAAGCGUAACAGAUCAAGUAACCAAGAAUAUUAACGAAUUAUUAGAAGAAAAAUUCUGUGUAUGGGAACAAAAACACGAAAAACUGAAAGAAAUAGUAGAAAAUCAAGAAAAAAGGAUCUAUUUUUUAGAAAAACAGGCGAGAAACAGAAAUGUAGUAUUUUUUGGUAUUGAAGAGACCGAGUCAUCAUACGAUACCCUAGAGAAAAACACUAUUAGAUGGAUAGAACAAUAUCUUACUAUUAAACUAAACUACAGCGACAUACAAGAGGCCAAAAGAUUGGGAAAAAAAGGAGAAAAACCAAGACCGCUAGUUGUAACUUUCUCAACUUUAGGCCUUAAAAUAAAAAUGUUUAAGGAGAAACACGCCCUAAAAGACACUCACUACUACAUGAAAGAAGACUACCCAAAAUAUGUUCUUGAGAAAAGAAAGGAGCUACGAGAUCAGCUAAAAUUAGAAAGAGAAAAGGGAAACAUAGCUAUACUAAAAUACGAUAAGCUAAUUAUUACCAAAAACAACACAAAAAGAAAACUCGAAACAUCACCUAUCAACAAUAACUUGCCAAAUGAAGCUAUAAAUUCCCAAGCCAAUAAAAAAAACAAAAUACAGUCGUCUGAAUCGUCAGUCAAGAGGUCGAAUAGCGUCACAAACGGAGUUAUAAAGCCGGGCAUGCUAAAUUUCUUAGUCAAUAAAAACACAGAGACAAAUAAAAACCAAGCUAGUAAAGUUAGUAACGCAUAG